UUUGGCUGGCUUCGUUCUGUUUUUCAUUGGAGUCAUCGGAGAGUGACCGAUGGGCUUAAAUACAUGAAGGAGUCUGGAAUCUAGAAAAACCAUAAACAAAGAUGGCCGCGGGUAUGAAGGAAGGUUAAUCGGAAGCAUUGCUUUGUACUAGUCACACUGAGCACACUGCCAAGGUAUGGGUCAGAGGUACACGCUCUUCUUCACAGCACGUGAGGGACGUGAAGAUGACCUGCGGUGGGCCCUCCACGACAGAAAGAUUUCCCCUGACCUCAGGGACCCAGACACUAAGCAGACAGCUUUGCACUUGGCAGCUGCUAAGGGUCGCGUUGGCUGUGUGCGGCUUCUGAUUGAUGCUGGAGCAAAACAGAAUGUACAGGAGAAGGACGGGCUCUCUCCACUUCAUCUUGCUGUUUAUCAUGGUCAUGUUAACUGUGUGAAGCUCCUGAUAGAUCAUGGUGCUGAUGUUAACUGUACAUCAAGGUUUGGCAGCACGCCAUUACAUCAAGCAGCAUACUUUGGACACUGUGACUGCGCACUGGUGUUACUAGCAGCUGGUGCUUUGGUUAAUGUGGAGGAAGCCUGGGGCCAAACACCGUUAUUUCUGGCAGCACAGAGAGCUCAUAGUGAUGUAGUCAAGCUUCUAUUGGAAUAUGGUGCAUUUGUGAACCAGACAGACAAAGCUCAUUACAAGACAGGCCUGCAUGUGGCGUGCGAGGCGCAGAGUGUGGCUUGUGUACAGUAUUUACUUGACGCUGGAGCAGACCCAAAUGUACAAGCCGAGGAAGGCCGAACACCACUUCAUAUAGUUCUUAGAGGGGAGGAGUCAGGGCCUUUGACGCAGCUUCUGGUAGAGUAUGGCGCACGGUAUGAUAUUGUGGAUGACAGCGGUAACUCAGCGGAGACCAUACUUCAAUCAUUGGUGACUCGAUAUGGAAAUGGGCCAAAUAUGGAGCUGUUGGGAUCAUAUCAGCAACUGCUACAUUUAUUUUGGGAAAGCCAUGGCAAACCUAAGAGUCUGAAACGACUUUGUCGUCUGUCUAUUCGCAAGUUACUUUCUCCGUGCAGUCUAGAUCUUAUCAAUUCUCUUAGCAUUCCCUCCUGCCUCAAAAUGUACAUUCUUCAUGUGGUGGACAGCGGCAACGUGACAUGAUGUCGCAUUAGUUUUCUGUAAUAUCACUUGAACAGUCAUAAUUUAUCAAUUAGGGAGUUUAAGAAAACCACGACGGCAACGAUAACGGGAACGUCGCUUAACAAAAUAUUUAAUGAGCAAUACAAUGGCUGUGCACGUGCGUACAUUUCGUACAUUUCGUACAUUACGUGCGUACAUUUCUUUGCCAUCCUCUGCAAAACAACAACGUGAAAUGACCAAAUUUUGCGUUGUCUGGAGAACGUGAA